UUCGUUGCGAAUGGCAUUUUGGGACUGAUUUGAAAUCGCGGCUUUGGUUUCGCAUCCUUUUUAUGUUCUCCAGCCACAGGACAUUGAAGCGUAGGACGCCUGCCCAGGGCAUUGACCGCCGGGAGUACAUCGGUCACCUGGUCGAUGAGUAUUACACAACAACCAACAUCGAGGCCCAGCAGCAGGUGACUGCUAAUUUGGCCAAUUUUGCAUACGAUCCCAUCAACUGGUCGCAUCUCCUGGAGGCGGACGCCCUGGAUGUAUUCCUGGCAUCGCUGGAGACCCAGGAUCAGCUUUUAAAAGUCCACGGAAUUGCGGCAUUGUGUAAUCUUUGCCUGGACAAAACGGCUGCCAAAUUUAUCAGAGCGCAGCUAAAAGUGAUAACCUGUCUCUUUGUGCGCACUGAUCACCCGGAAAUAGUACUUCACAGCCUGGCGCUCUUUUACCAAUUACUGGAAAUUGGGGAGUUGGCUGAUAGGGAUUUACUUCUGAGUCCUCCGGUGCUAAGGACGGUGCAAGAGUGGCGGGUCAAGGCCCACGAUGAACGCAUCCUGAGCAGCAAAGCACUGAAGCAGGUGCAAGUGGUUAAGCGGUUUUCCCAACGCGAUUUGGAGCAGUUUGCCCAGUUCACCGGCGACCAUAACUACAUCCAUAGCCUGGAAACACCCACCGAGGAUCGCCGCGUCCACGGAGCCCUGCUCAACGCGGUGGUGGCGGGUAUAAUGGGUACCCAGCUCCCAGGUCCGGGCACCGUGGUCCUAGAGCAGAAUUUCAAGUUCCUGAAACCCUGUCGCAUUGAGACCGACACCCUGGUGACCGUACGUCUGCUACAAUCUCGAAAGAUUUCCACCGUGGAGUACGACAUACGGCAGAACGACGAGGUGGUUUUCGCCGGCAGCGCCAAGUUGCUGACUCGCAACCAAAAAGACUAGCAUUGGUUCAAUAAAAAUGGAUUUUAGAAUA